UCUACAAGGCACGAGGUGUCACCCGUCACGCCAACAACACCCUCCACGUCAGCAUCUACGAGAUCGCUGCCGAGCACUCCAACAGGGAGUCUGACCUGUUCCUGCUGGAUGUCCAGGACCUGUGUGCUGGGACCGAGGGCUGGCUGGUGUUUGACGUCACAGCUGCCAGCAACCACUGGUUAGUGGAUCGGAAAUACAACCUGGGGCUGCGACUCUACGUGGAGACAGAUGAUGGGCACAGUGUUGACCCAGGCUCAGCGGGGCUGCUGGGGCGCCGGGGGCCCCGAUCCAAGCAGCCCUUCAUGGUGACAUUUUUCCGGGCGAGUCCCAGCCCCGCGCGUGUUACGCGGGCGGCCAAACCCCCGAGGAGGCGGCAGCCCAAGAAGACGAACGACCUCCCACAUCCGAACAAGCUGCCGGGAAUUUUUGAUGACGUCCAGGCUGCGGACGGGCGGCAGGUCUGCCGGCGCCACGAGCUCUACGUCAGCUUUCAGGACCUUGGUUGGCUGGACUGGGUGAUCGCCCCGCAGGGAUACUCAGCCUACUACUGCGAGGGGGAGUGCGCCUUCCCCCUGGACUCCUGCAUGAAUGCCACCAACCACGCCAUCCUGCAGUCCCUGGUCCACCUGAUGAAGCCCGAGGCCGUGCCCAAGGCGUGCUGUGCCCCCACGAAGCUCAGCGCCACCUCCGUCCUCUACUACGACAGCAACAACAACGUCAUCCUCAAGAAACACCGCAACAUGGUGGUGAAAUCGUGCGGCUGCCACUGA